CAGUUAUCGGGUAAUCGAUAAGCAGAGUCAGCUGUUUUCCGUUCUAUCGUCUUGCUUGCACAACAACUUCUGCGGCAUAAUUCCAUUAUUUUACUGCAUUAUCCGAAUAUACUGAAUCAAAAUGCGCCUGACGAACGUUUUAUUCAAGAAGGUUAAGAGCAAGCGAAUCAUGGUCGUGCUGGAAAGUGUGGUCAGUGGACAUCAGUAUAAUGCUUUUCGCGAUCGUUUGGCCGACAAAUUGGAGAUAAUACGGUUCGAUCCGUACAUUCAACAGGAUAGCCUUUAUCGCGAACGCAAGAAAAUCCGCAGCGCGUAAGAAACAAUUUUUUGUUAGUGAAAUAAAAGUUAAAACCAUCAAAAAAAUCAAAGAUAGAUGAAUAAUGUGGUUUAAUUUCUGCAGAAUUUGAGCAUUACAAAUCUGAUUACAAGUUUAUACAAAAAAAAAAUGGUUUAUGGUUCUUCUAGAGAAACAUUUGCA